AUGUCGGAUCCUAAGUUAGUAUGGAACCCAGAUAAUGUUCGUGACGUCGCAGAAUCUGUCGGUAUUUCACAGCUUGGGGAAGAAGCAGUGAGGGCAUUAUCACAAGAGGUCGAAUACCGAGUCGGACAGGUCAUUGUCGAAGCAAUGCGAUUUAUGCAUCAAGGGAAAAGAACAGUAUUAGGAACACAAGACAUUUCGCAGGCGCUUAAAGUCCUGGAUGUCGAACCACUCUAUGGUUACGAAUCGACGAGACCACUAAGAUUCGGGGAGGCAAGCUUAGGUCCUGGCCAACCACUCUUUUACAUUGAGGAUGAAGAAGUAGAUUUUGAGAAACUGAUCAAUGCGCCUUUACCAAAGGUUCCGAGGGAUAUGUCAUUUACUGCACAUUGGCUCGCGGUCGAAGGUGUCCAGCCAUCAAUUCCGCAAAAUCCCACGACAGCAGAAGCUCGUGCAAACGACCUGGUACCUAAAGGUCCAGGUGCAAAUCCAGCUCUUGGAGCUUUGGCUGGCAAUGAUAAUGUUUCGGUCAAGCCUUUAGUCAAACACAUUGUGUCCAAAGAGUUAAUACUAUUCUUCGAUAAAAUCCGCGCAGCUAUUCUAGAUGAUGACAAUGAUCCGGAAGUUGUUACAUUGAGGGAAUCCGCCCUGGAAAGUGUAAGAUCGGACCCGGGUCUUCAUCAAUUGGUGCCGUAUUUUGUUCACUUCAUUGCAGAGAAAGUUACUCAUUCCUUGGGCAAUCUCUUCGUAUUACAACAAAUGUUGAAAUUAUCAGAUGCCCUCAUUUCAAAUAAAACCCUCUUUGUCAAUCCUUACAUAUCCAGUCUUUGCCCACCUAUUCUUACAUGUCUAGUCGGUCGCACACUUGGCACAGGAGCCUCAGAUGAAUUGAAAGAAAAAUAUCAACUGCGGGAUACAGCAGCAUCUCUCAUCGGCGUUAUCUCAAAGAAAUACACGGAAUCAAACGCACAGCUCAGGGCAAGGCUAGCAAGGUCAUGCCUAAAAUUCUUCUUAGAUCCAACACGCUCUCCGGGAGAAUAUUAUGGGGCUAUCAGUGGACUUCUAGCAAUCGGCGGUCCCGAUGGUGUUAAAGCUCUCAUUCUUCCAAACUUGAACGCUUUCGAUUAUGUGUUAAACAAGUUAAGGAGUGACAGGACCGGGGACGAUAAGGAAAUACAGAUGUUGAUUGCGGUACUUAUGAAAGCUGUGAUGAGUCUUUCUCAAGAGGCUGAAAUUCAUGUGAAUGGUACAAAUGGUGCCAAUGGUAAUGGAAUGAAUGGCAUGAUGGAUGUAGAUGACCAUGAGGGAAAACAACUGGAAGAGUAUCUGGGAACCACUAUCGGAAAAAGGGUACGGAACGUGAGAGAUCAUAAGUUGAACAAGGCAAUUUUAGAAACGAGAGAGAAGAACUAG